AUGUCGCUUAUAGGAUAUGGAAGGGAAGGGUAUGUAAUAUUGGAGCGUCCAGUGUUGAAGGUCGCUUCUCACGGGUUGAAGUUAAAGAACUUCCCCGAGAUUCGGAUGCCUAAGCAGGUGAGGAGGAUAGUUCAGGAUUUCCAUCUGAUGGACUUUGCUGGAUGCUCCUUAAUGAUGUUGGACGCCUCCCUGUUAUCAGCUUUUGUUGAGAGGUGGAACUCGGAUACAUCAUCCUUCUAUCCUCCAUUUGGGGAGAUGACAAUGACUUUUGAUGAUGUGGAUGCCCUCUUUCACAUUCCGAUUGCUGGUACGUUUUUCACACUAGUUUAUAGGGACCAAGCGACGGCGGUGCGCAUGGUUAUGGAUGCUUUGGAGGUUGAUGAGGUGGAUGUGCUACAUGAAUUUGGUGAGACUCGGGGUUUUCACCUUACGAUAUCUUGGUUGAGGACUACUUAUCAGGAGCUUGUGAAUGCAGAGAGGUACCAGAUGUUCGAUACCUUUCUCUAUUCAGCGCCAUUGACACCCCCAUGUUGGGCUUGGGGAGUGGCGACAAUGACGAUGAUGUAUACGGCAUUUGAUGUUGCAUCUCGUCUUGACACCAGACAGCUAGCUGGUUACCUGAGCUUGUUUCAGGAGCAUUUCCCUCACAUCUGUGAGCGGAAAAUUCUGCGUGGUGCGGCUACUGACUCAUGUGAGAAGAGGUGGAAGGCCAAAGAGGCCAUUCCAGAAGGGUUGGUGGAAUACAUGCAGAGGCUGGAUGCUCUGGCCUUGGAUUAUGUAAUUUGGACAUCGUAUACAGUUCGCCGUCCUCAUUGUCCUUUUGACGUAUCUACUUUAUAUUCAGGGUAUGUCAGAUGGGAGAGCCAUUUGGCUAGACACUUGCCUGAGAGGUGUCUACGCCAGUAUGGUUAUAUACAAGGCAUCUCACGUCCGGUCCUAGAGGCUCCAACUAGUGGCAUUGAUCGAUGGUUUGAGAGUCACAUCAUCAGUUUCCCCCGUGAGAUCAUUGAUACAACCAUUGAGCCUUCAGGUACCAGGGAUUCUUCCGUUCCACCAUCACCACCUCCACCUCCCGCGGGUGACCAGGACAGACGCCUACAGUUCAUCACCGUUCACUUAGAUAGCCUCAUGGAUUUGGUGAACUCUAAUGGUGAGGUUCAUACUAUUUUAGCUAGGUUGGCCGAUGUUGCCCGUGGAAGGCCUAUGUAG